AUGUCAGAGCCUGUACCUUUGAUCAUCAACAACCAAAACAUUCAGACUAAGGUAAGUUUUAACGUUGACAACCCCAACGACGGGAAAUUUCUCUGGGGUGUGUCUUCCGCAGGGCUUACUGAAGUUGAAGGCGCUGCCGCUGCAGCGGAAGCCGCGUUUCCUGCUUGGGCAUCCCUGGGCUAUGCUACAAGACGCGAUCUUUUGCAUAAAGCAGCACACGUUAUCCACGAGUCGAGGGAAGAUAUUGCUACUAUUCUCCGCAAAGAGACCGCCGCUGGCGAAGGCUGGGCCUCAUGGGACAUUGACGCAGCCGUAGCAACCAUCAAAGAUGCGGCCAGUCAUGUCUCCUCAAACAAUGGAGUGAUUCCCCCGACAAAUGAUAGUAGUGAUACAGCCUUGGUAUUUAGGGUCCCUUAUGGUGUGAUUCUCACCAUUGUUCCUUGGAAUGCUCCAGGCGUUCUUACAAUGUCUUCUCUCGCAUAUGCGCUUGCCGCUGGCAACACUGUUAUCGUGAAAUCGUCAGAGUUGUCACCCCGGACAUAUUUCCUAUUAAUCGAUGCUUUCCGCCGAGCCGGAUUUCCUCCUGGGGUGGUUAACCUCCUGACACACGCACCGGAUAAGGGGCCGUUGGUGAUUCCAGCCCUCAUUCAAAACCAAGCUAUUCGAAAAAUCUCCUUUACGGGAUCCAGCGCUACCGGUAGGGUUGUUGCAAAACUCGCUGGUGAAGCCCUGAAACCUGUCGUUCUGGAACUUGGUGGCAAGGCUCCUGCAAUUGUUUUAGAAGAUGCCAGCCUCAAUGAUGCAGCUCGUAGAAUCUUGCAGGGAGCCUACGGUCACGGAGGGCAAAUUUGUAUGGCAACCGAACGCGUAAUCGUGCUCCGGUCUAUUGAAGAGCCCUUUGUCGAAGCGCUUAAGGUAGCACACGCAGAGCAAUCUCGUGACAAUACCCACAGCCAACCAUUGAUCUCCCAAUUGGCAGUGCGACAAAUCAAGGCACUUGUUGAUGAUGCAAUAAAGAAUGGAGCAAGUAUAGUUUCGGGACCAGCGAGCUAUGCUGAUGAAGAAGGUCGAGUGUUCGGUCCGACUAUACUUCGCUCUGUCAACAGAACAAGUGAACUCUACUAUAAAGAGUCUUUCGGACCUGUUAUCUCACUAUUUGUUGUAGACACCGUGGAUGAGGCCGUUCUGCUGGCGAACGACACCGAGUAUGGGCUUGCGGCUAGUGUUUGGUCAAAGAACAUCGGGAACGCGCUGCGAGUUGCUAAGAGGAUACACUCUGGUACUAUUCAAAUCAACGAUAGCACGACACAUGGCGAGCCGACUCUGCCUCAUGGCGGCUUUGGAGCCAGCGGGUUUGGGAGGCAGUCAGGCCCGGACGCGUUAGCCGAGUUUCAGACCUUGAAGUAUAUCCGUCUUAGCCUCAAAUGA